AUUGGGUGAAUUAGUAGUCUUGACACACAUUCAUGGAAAAGGGUUCAAAACCUGAAAUGUUCAUUUAAUGACCUAUUAAUGAUGGGGGUGUGAAGUGUUUAAAAAAAUAAAUCUGAUAUUGAUCAGAUGAAUAACGACUGAAACUGUAAAAAGAGAUUCAAUCAGUCAUUGUCAUCUGCCCCAGGGCAGGAAUUCAAGCUGCUAACAACCACUAAGUGUGUGUAUAUGUCUGUGUGUGUGCGCGAGCGCCGCAGCAGCCAAUCAGCUUGCAUGUGGGCGGUGCAUCCGAGUAUAAGUGCAGGUGUAGCGAGCUUGUGGACAGGUGUUGCAUCAUGGCGUCCUUCGUGCCUCUCUGCGAUCUCCCCCAGCUUCCGUCUGUGGGCGUGGAUCCCUGCGACUUCAGCCUCUACAGCCCCCCACCUCCACCCGAGCCUAGCCGCUCCUCACCGGCGUGCCUCCAUCCAGACCUCGGCCUCGUCUCCGGGUCCAGAGGAGUACACCACUACGGUGGGACCGCCUUCUCCAACUUCCAGGGUCCGUUCCUCCCCGGCGGGCCCUGGUACUCACCGGAGGGCAUCCUACGUCUGGCCCGUCCGCCUUACUCCUACUCGGCCCUCAUCGCCAUGGCCAUCCAGAGCGCGCCCUCGCAGCGACUGACACUGAGCCAGAUCUACCAGUACGUCUCCGAACACUUCCCCUUCUACAGCCGCAAUAAGGCCGGUUGGCAGAACUCCAUCCGGCACAACCUGUCGCUCAACGACUGCUUCCGGAAGGUUCCGCGGGAGGAGAACAAUCCUGGUAAAGGAAACUUCUGGACUCUGGACCCAAACUGCGACAAGAUGUUCGACAACGGCAACUUCUGCCGCAAGAGGAAGAGGAAAACCGACACCGUGACACCCACCAAGAAACGUCGCAACUCCUCGUCCGAGUCCAGUCCCAACUGUCCCAGCAUGCAUUGCGGCGCAGAGUUUUCUGCCCCUUCAGAAAACUCGUCUCAGCCCUCCGUGUACAUGCAGGUCCCAGAUGAGUCGUCAGUGAUUCCGCCGGCCCUUCCUCCUCUUCCUCCUCAGGGUUUUGCGUACUCGCCAGGAGCGGUGGUGCCUCAGUGGGACGCCUGUAGCCCUUCUUCUCCUCCUCCUCUUCAUGCCCCUGCCGUGUUCUCCCCAUCUUCUCAGUCAAACCCUCCACACUUCUCCCCGCCGUCACUGUACACCGACCUGGAGACCACGUACGCUCCUCUGCUGGAGCUCCAGGAGGGGCAGCAAGCGGAGUUGGACUCCUUCCAGGCUCAACUCUUGGGGAGCCUCACGGAGGAGCUGCCCCUAACUCGCUGGUUCUCCAGCAGAGACUCUGAUGUUUUUGAAAUGUUCGUCACUGUGUGAAUGGUUCUAUUUAUUAUUGAUUUGUU